AUGUCUUUCAUGGCCCAGCAAAAGACCCUUUCCGCCAAGCCUGGCGUGUUCAACUAUUCUGGACUGUCCUCAGUUGUCUUCAGAAGGAAGCUCUAUGUCUUCUACAACAACGCAGACCAGAAUGGUGGCUGGUACAAUGUAUUGGAUAGAGAGACGAACCACUGGUCCGGACCUUUCUCGUUUCGCAAGGGUGGUGCCACCUUCAUGUCGGUGGCGGAGUAUACCACUCCUGUUGCCGUUGUUUGGCGCGGUACUCUCUACGCCUUCUUCAAUGGCUCCGGAAACAAUGGAACCUUUUGGACAUCGUCAACCGAUGGGCAGAGAUGGGCCCAGGUAAAAUCCAUGAGCGAGGCCAUGGGUACCCCUGCCGAGACCUUUGCAAAAGGAACCAGUCCAAGUGUUACCGUCUUGAAGAACGCUCUGUACGUUGUAUGGAACAAUGUUGCUGAUAACGGUACCUUACGGUACACUGCCUGGAGCGACCCAUCUGGAAAUAUUGUAAGUCCAAUGGAUGUGACUGCCUCAGGGCUGUCCAUCCGCCGUCAAACAAGCACAGCUUUGGCAACCUUCAAAGACAAGCUUUUCCUCUUUUUCAACGGCGCGGGCAGCGACGGUACUUGGAUGACUACGUUCAGUAGCUCGGGUUGGGCUCGAGUCAACCCAGUUACCUUGCCUCUUGCAGGGUCCGCCUUGGACUACACCAGCCCCGCUGCGUGCGUUUCCGAUGAUGGUAGAGUGCUCACUCUUUUCUGGAAUGGUUCUGCCAAUGACGGACUUUGGCACACAAACACCAUGAAUGGUUUUACCUGGCUGCCUCAGAUGGGCCUCAGCCAGAUGAUCGAGGGGCAGAGCGUUCUUUAUAAGAGCAGUCCAUCUGUUGCCCACUACCGCGGAAUCCCGCAUAUCUUGUGGGUCGGCGACGACGCAAAUGUGUGGUAUAGUCAGGGAUUGACCUUGUCGGCUGACGAUGGAGAUUAUAACUCGAUAAUGAAAGCCAUCCUGGCCGGCAGCGACUUCACAGUCGUCACUGCAGAUACGUCCGCCAUACGGUAUCUUGUAUCACAGAUGCAAUCGUCCUAUGCCUUUCUCCAGAAGCCUGCGGAUAAUGUCAAUGAAUCUCUUGGCGCCAAUAUCGGCUGGGGAGUUUUCCUUUCCACGUUCAUUGCCUCCAAGCCAAUUUUGACUCCACCUGCUGUGGUAUGCAUCUUCUCUAUCACUACGCUUGCAGUCUACUCAGGAUUUGAGGUCUGUGUAGACUUGUCGGAGGGAACGUUUUCCUUCCGCCGACCUCCACCUUUGGCGUAG